AUGCCGACGACGGAGAAAAUGGGUUGGAAGCUGCCGGAGUGUUGCAACGGGGAGACCGAAGGGAUGAUGAAGAACAGUUGGAGCUUAGGUAGAGAUGAAAUUGAGGAAGAAGAGAGAAAACAUAUACAACACCCCAGAACACAAUUGAAUCGGUUUGACUUAGUUAUCACUCCUCAACAUGACUAUUAUCCUUUGACCCCUCAAGGACAAGAGCAGGUUCCUCGAUUUCUUAGGAAGUGGAUUACUCCUCAGGAACCCCCUGGCAAGCAUGUGGUCCUGACAGUGGGAGCUUUACAUCAAAUUGAUUCCACUGCUCUUCGUAGUGCAGCUAGUACAUGGCAUGAUGAGUUUGCACCUCUGCCAAAGCCCUUACUUGUGGUUUAUGUUGGUGGGCCUACAGGUUGUUGUCGUUUUGGUGCGGACCUUGCAAAGCAGUUGACAUCCAGUUUGCUUAGCGUUCUUGUAAUCUGUGGAACUAUCAAAAUAUGUUUUGCUGAUAGGACUCCUGAAAAGAGUGUAUCAAGUGGCGCCGUCUGA